AUGAGCCAUGGCGAUCACACACUGGCGGCGCAUCGCCCUUGAGUACGAAGGAGCUGGCUGCUGGAUGCGUGGAGCCACUGGCAGCCUUGAGGAAUGUCAAUCCUGGAUCGCGUGAUGGACAAUGCUGCAGGCUCCAUCGAGACACGCCUUGUCCCAGGCGACGAUCACAGUCCACACCCUUGGUUUCCCGACAUCAUCAUCCCAUGGUCAUUUUCCCAUCUUCAUUUUUGCCGGUGCGAUGAAUGCUAGUGGAGUCGCGCCGUUUAUUCAGUCGCUCAUGGAUAUGCUCGAGUCCGACUCGCCAUGCGUGUGCUGGAACCCACUGGACAAGCGCGCAUUCGACAUCCUCGACACCAAGGCCUUCACGGACUCGGUGCUUCCGGUGUACUUUCGGCAUGCCAAGUUUACAAGUUUCCAGCGCCAGCUGAACUACUUUGGGUUUCGAAAACAGAGUCGCCGCCACAGCGCCGUCUGCACGUACGCGCACUCUCACUACUCGAUGCGCGUGCCCACGGAACUCCUUCGUAUCAAGCGAAAAGUUGUGAAGCCCAAGUUGACAUCCACUGCUUCUGUCGACGGGCAGUCCAAGACAGCAGCCACCGUCACCACAUCCUCGGCAUUGAUCACGUCUGCAGCGAGAUCCCCUACGAAAUCGAUCGGCCUGGCAUAUACCGAGGCAUCUCUCGCGUAUGCACAAGCAUGGACCGACAGCGGCAUGAACACGAAGUGGACAGACUUGGAUAUGACCCCACUUCCAUUCGAGCGGGGCUCGGACAUGCUCCUGGACAGCGGCGGAACAGGUGCCGUGCCGUACAGUUACCCUGUGGACGAUGAGCUGGCGAAUUGGGUCCUGCGGCAGUUCUGACAUGGGACGUGUGCAUGAGGAGGAGUGGUGGUUGCGGGGCAUCCAACAUGUAAUUGUAGCAGUGUAGCAUAGCAGAAGGAGAAGGGGUAAAGUAGAUAUAGCAUAUCAUGGUUGUACCUGCUACUACGUCGUCAAGGCGACAGCGUUGAAGAGACGAGGACGGCAGGAAAGGGAAAAGGGCAUGUAGAUGCUUAGAUGCGGUCGAGACAUUCAAACUGCACGAUGCUGUUGCCGCGGAUCACAACCAUCCCAAUCUUGUUGGCCUCGGUCUGCGAGACUUCUUCGAUCGUAUCGUCCAAUGUGAUGUUCAUGAACUGGUCAAAGCCCCGCAGGAUACCGGACACCUUUCUGUUCCCGUUGAGCUUGAUGCUCAGCGUCUUGUCCAUAUAGCGCUUGAGGUCCGGGCCUGUCACCUUGCUCAUCUUGGUGCCGCUUCUUGUGGGUGGUUGCUGGAUACGAUGUCACCA